GCUAAUUGGUUCAUAGGUUUCCUUAAAGCCAGUGUUCUCGCCAGUAAAAGCCAACAUUCAUAUAAAUAGGCUGCAAACAUCUCUGAGCGCUAUAUUCAGUGCUGAAUUUGGGAAAGUUCAAGUCCUUUCUCCUGAAGAAAAUGUCCAGCCAAGUUGAGCACCCAGCUGGUGGAUACAAGAAACUCUUUGAGACCGUGGACGAAUUGGCCACACCAAUAACUACACAUGUCACAGGCAGGAUUCCAGUCUGGCUUAGAGGCAGUCUGCUCCGAUGUGGGCCUGGUUUAUUUGAAGUUGGCUCAGAGCCAUUUUAUCACUUGUUUGAUGGACAAGCCCUUCUUCACAAGUUUGAAAUUAAAGAGGGGCAUGUCACUUAUUACAGGAGGUUUAUCCGCACUGAUGCCUAUGUAAGAGCAAUUACUGAGAAAAGAGUAGUCAUAACAGAAUUUGGAACAUACGCUUAUCCCGAUCCAUGCAAGAAUAUAUUUUCCAGAUUUUUUACCUACUUCCAAGGUGUGGAAGUCACUGAUAAUGCCCUGGUUAAUGUAUAUCCAGUGGGAGAAGAUUUUUAUGCCUGCACUGAGACAAACUUCAUAACAAAAAUCAAUCCAGAUAAUUUGGAAACACUCAAAAAGGUGGACAUCAGCAAAAUUGUUUCCGUCAAUGGAGUAACAGCACACCCUCACAUUGAAAACGAUGGAACAGUUUAUAAUAUUGGCAACUGCUUUGGAAAGAAUUUUUCUCUUGCCUACAAUAUUGUUCGAAUUCCUCCCCUGCAAGCAGACAGGAAAGAUCCAAUGACCAAGUGUGAGGUGGUGGUGCAGUUUCCUUGCAGUGACAGAUUUAAGCCAUCUUAUGUACACAGUUUUGGACUGACUGCAAACUACAUCGUGUUUGUGGAAACUCCAGUAAAAAUUAACUUGCUCAAGUUCCUUUCUUCCUGGAGUCUUUGGGGAGCCAAUUACAUGGACUGUUUUGAAUCCAAUGAAAGCAUGGGGGUCUGGAUGCAUGUAGCUGACAAGAAAAAGGGGAAAUACCUCAACAUCAAAUACAGAACUUCGCCCUUCAACCUCUUCCAUCAUAUUAAUACCUAUGAAGAGAAUGGAUUUCUGAUUGUGGAUCUCUGCACUUGGAAGGGGUAUGAGUUUGUUUAUAACUACUUAUAUUUAGCCAAUUUACGGGAUAACUGGGAGGAAGUGAAGAAAAGUGCACAAAAAGCUCCUCAACCUGAAGUUCGGAGAUAUGUCCUUCCCCUAAAUAUAGAAAAGGCUGACACAGGCAAAAACCUAAUCACACUGCCCAAUACCACAGCUACGGCCAUUCUGAACAGUGAUGAAACCAUCUGGCUGGAGCCAGAAGUCAUUUUUUCAGGGCCCCGUCAAGCUUUUGAGUUCCCACAAAUAAACUAUACAAAGUAUUCUGGGAAACCGUACACAUUUGCAUACGGCUUAGGAUUGAAUCACUUUGUUCCAGACAGGCUUUGCAAGAUGAAUAUUAAAACUAGAGAAACUUGGGUAUGGCAAGAACCAGAUGCAUACCCCUCUGAACCAAUUUUUGUUUCUCACCCAGAUGCUCUAGAAGAGGAUGAUGGUGUUGUCCUGAGCAUUGUCAUUAACCCUGGCAAUGGACCAAAACCUGCCUAUCUUUUGAUCUUGAGCGCAAAGGACAUGAGUGAAGUUGCCCGGGCAGAAGUGGACAUAAACAUCCCAGUUACUUUCCAUGGCCUUUUCAAAAAAGCAUGAUGGCUGCUUCAUUAGGCCUAUGAUGAAAGUCUCCCUUUCCAGGUUAAAAAAAAGCCUACCCCUGCAUCCUAAACUCUGCCAGAGAUUUCCAAAAUUAGUUCACAUUUCAAUAUACAUUUUCAAAACGCAGGCAUACUUUUGUAAACCAUGUUAAUGUAGUCUAAAUAAAUAUAUAUGCAAA